AUGUUCACCGCCUACGCCGCACCCCGCCACGCCUGUCCCGACUCGCCCACUUCGUCUCGCUCGUCCGAGGACCGCUUCGACUUCCACUUUGGCAGCCCCAGCUCAUCCAACACCUCGCUCGACGAUUUUGACACACACUACGACGACGAAUGGUGCCACUUGCGACGCCAGCAGGACACCCUCGUCCACCGCUUGCUCGAGAGGGAGAAGCAGCACGGCAACGAGAUCGAGGCGUGGAACGUCAGGUGCCAGACGCUCGAGAGGGAGGUCAAGAGGUUGGCGGCGUUGGUUCUGGGCGUCGAGCGGGAACGCGACGAGGCGAGGGCGCAGCUUGCUCGUUCAGCCGCACAAGGUCCUCUCGCUCCUGCUCCCGCUCGUCCCCUUCAGCCCUCUGCCAAGCCCAUCCCGGUCAUCGACGAGUCGAAACCCAUGUCACGCCAGAACCCUCCGCCCUGCAACAGCUUCUACCUCCUCGGCCACUGCAACGUCCCGCGCUGUCGCUACGAGCACCGCUACGAGCUGAAUGCGGAGCAGAUCGAGGAGAUGAGGCGGGGCGCAAAGCACCACAUCUGCAACGCCAUCAAGAACGGUCUCGCGUGUCCUGAAGGCGAAGCGUGCAUUUUCGGCCAUGCCUGUCCGAAGGGACCCGCUUGCUCGCGCGAACGAUGCGCCUUCAACGACGAGCAACACCGCGUCCUCCCUCUCCCGCGCCCCCCUCUGCGUCGCCGCUAG